CCCAGUAGGUAUAGGUUUCCAGUGGAGUACUGAUUGGAAAAGGGUUAACAGAAUCUGUACAACUUGGAAAGGCGCAAGUAUGGACCUAGUCUGUCAUCAGAGCGUGAAGAAACACUUACUGCAAGUAAGUUCAUUAUUUCACUGAUGUACACUUUAUUAAUUUUCAAUGGUUUCUCACUCAAUAACAUCGGAAUUCUCUACAUGAGCGGAAACUUGAGCAAAACAUUAUAAAUACAUACAUAUAAUAACCAGAAGUUGAGUGGCAAGUCUAACUGGGUUGUAACAUGAGCAUGUUAAGCUCAGCUUAAAAAAUGAAAAUUCAUUAAGGUAAUGCUUAUCUUCCUAAUUCAGUAUUCAUAAUUAUUUCACUUGUUUAAGGUUCCAUAAUUUAUCAAGUACUUUAACUGUGUAUGAUUUUCAUGACAGAGAGAGUCUGCACGAUAACUUAAUAAAUACAAAUGACACCCACACUUAAACUUCAGCAUGAAAAUUACAAGAUGAACACCUGGACUCUGAACUCCUCCCUAAACAGCUGAAUGAAGUUUGUUCAUUUGAAAUUGAAAACAAACAACUCUCUUAAAAUGGACUGAUUGUAGCGAUCCAUAAUUAACGCUUACUGUGCUGGACACGCUUGAUUCUGCCUUUGCGACCAGUGAAGGUCAUGAUCAGACUGCACAUGCAUGCAGUCUGAUCACAUUCUGCACAGUUCGCUAUUCAGUCAGUAUCUUUAAGGUGAGCACCCCUUUUAACAGUUACUGAUUCUGUCCAAAUUGGAAGAUGGACAAGUUCAUAAUAAAAAUAUAGCAGAGUAAGGGUUAACUGCCAAUCUGUUUUCAGGUCAUAAUAAUUUUAAUGCUUGUGUUUGAAACAUCUUUUUAUACGAUUUUCACAAAACAUAUUUUUUCAGCCAUUAUUGAUGCCACCAUCCAGGAUUUUUUUAAAAAUACACCGAUAGAUACAAGCACACCAGCAAAGACUCCUGAGCCAGCUUGUGUGCCACCAAACACUCCUGAGCCAGCUUGUGUGCCACCAAAGACUCCUGUGCCAGCUGAUGUGCCACCAACGACUCCUGUGCCAGCUUCUGCGCCACCAAAGACUCCUGAGCCAGCUUGUGUGCCACCAAAGACUCCUGAGCCAGCUUGUGUGCCACCAAAGACUCCUGAGCCAGCUUGUGUGCCACCAACGACUCCUGUGCCAGCUUCUGCGCCACCAAAGACUCCUGAGCCAGCUUGUGUGCCACCAACGACUCCUGUGCCAGCUUCUGUGUCACCAAAGACUCCUGAGCCAGCUUCUGUGCCACCAAAGACUCCUGAGCCAGCUUCUGUGCCACCAACGACUCCUGUGCCAGCUUCUGUGCCACCAAAGACUCCUGAGCCAGCUUCUGUGCCACCAAUGACUCCUAUGCCAGCUUCUGUGCCACCAAAGACUCCUGAGCCAGCUUCUGCGCCACCAAAGACUCCUGAGCCAGCUUGUGUGCCACCAACGACUCCUGUGCCAGCUUCUGCGCCACCAAAGACUCCUGAGCCAGCUUGUGUGCCACCAACAACUCCUGUGCCAGCUUCUGCGCCACCAAAGACUCCUGAGCCAGCUUGUGUGCCACCAACAACUCCUGUGCCAGCUUCUGCGCCACCAAAGACUCCUGAGCCAGCUUCUGUGCCACCAAAGACUCCUGAACCAGCUUGUGUGCCACCAACGACUCCUGUGCCAGCUUCUGUGCCACCAAAGACUCCUGAGCCAGCUUCUGUGCCACCAACAACUCCUGUGCCAGCUGAGACACCUGGACACUAUAAGAGGUACCAGACCCCAGAGUAUGUUGAAACCAGCAGCAGUGAUGAUGACACAGAUGAUGUUGAUUUAACACCUCUUGUUAAUGUGCCAGCUAUUAAGGUACCGCGACAACUGCAUAAAGACGCAUCACCAUACAGAUGGGAGGAGUGCAGAAAUGUGAAAAGAGAAUUAGCACAGCUCAGAGAACAAGUGGGAUCACUGGAGGCAAAGAACAGAAAGCUCAUGAGAAUUAAUAAGGUAUUGUUCAAAUCCAUUCAUUUAUAACUUGACUAUUUGAAGACAACGGAGAGCUAUACUACUCACCACAGCGUCAGUAUUGAUUCAAGCUUUUAUAAAAUUGUAAUAUCUUGUAUACCAUCACAGAUGUUUUCUUUAAACUUGUUUAUUAUAAUAGUCUCUACAUCUAGGCAAGAGUACAUAACUCUGCUAAGUAUUUUGCCAGAACUUGAUGGC